CACUAUGAAAAACCACAAUCCAUGUUUCCUUCACUGCCUGACAUAGCUACCUUAUACAUUUUUCUUUUGAAAUUUGGUUGUUGAAUCUGAUCUGAGUUUUUUUUUUGGGGGACUGGGGAAGGGGUUGAAAAGAAGAGAGAGAGGAGGGAAUAUGUUAACGUGCAUAGCUUGUUCAAAGGAGUUAAAUAAUAACAAUGGAUCUAUAGGGCACCAUCAGGAUGAAGAUACUGUGGAAACUCCUAGGACUAGACAAACAAUUAAGGCCCUCACUUCUCAGAUCAAGGACAUUGCAUUGAAAGCAUCAGGAGCUUAUAAAAGCUGCAAGCCUUGUUCAGGUUCAUCAAACAAUGACCAUAAGAACUAUGCAGACACUGAUGCUGCCUCUAACUCAGCACGCAUCCAUUGCCCCUACCGUAGAAGAGGAAGCUCCAAUUCCACGCCCGGGAGUUGGGGCAAAGAGAAGGAAUCAAGACUAAAAGGACUUUCCAGCGGGGAAGGUACCCCUGUUUCCGUUAGUGGCCGUACAGAAUCAGCGGUUUUCAUGGAGGAAGAUGAGCCUAAGGAAUGGGUUGCACAAGUGGAGCCUGGUGUCUUAAUCACUUUUGUGUCACUGCCUGAAGGAGGGAAUGACCUGAAACGGAUUCGAUUCAGCCGUGAAAUGUUUGAUAAAUGGAAAGCUCAAAGGUGGUGGGCAGAGAACUAUGAUAAGGUCAUGGAACUGUACAAUGUUCAACACUUUAAUCGUCAAGCACUUCCAACGCCGCCUGUAUCUGAAGAUAAAGUAUCAAGAACUGAAUCUGCAAAGGACAGUCCUGUGACUUUGCCUCCGAACCAAGAACGCCCCAACAACGUUAUCUGGCCAACAGGAAUGGGCUAUUUGUUAUCAGAUUCCCCGGAUCGUCACCCAAUGCAAUCGCGUCAAUAUUACGACUCAGCUGCACUAGCUUCUACACCAAAACUCUCCAGCAAUAUUAGUGGAGUCAAGAUUGAGACUUCAUCGAUCGAUGGCUCUGUUAGGACUAGUUCAUCAAGGGAGGCAGAUCGAUCUGGAGAGGUCUCAGUCAGUAAUGCCAGUGACAUGGAAACUGAAUGGGUUGAACAGGAUGAACCGGGGGUUUACAUCACUAUUAGAGCACUUCCAGGCGGAACUCGGGAGCUUAGACGUGUCCGAUUCAGCCGAGAAAGGUUCGGAGAAAUGCAUGCGAGGAUGUGGUGGGAAAAAAACCGAGCCAGAAUACAAGAGCAAUACUUGUGAGGCAUAACAGCAAAACAAUGGCAUUUGCAAGUUUGUCUCGCCUUUCUUUUACCAUUGGUGUUUAGACAAGUUCUGUGUGCCUGAGACACAACUAAGCACAAAGUCUAUUACAUGUACGUACAAACUCUGUGAAGAGAAAGAGACCAUAUGAGGUGAUUUUUUUCUUGUAGAAUUUUGGUUCUUGCCACGAUGAACAUAAUUUAGCACAUGCUUAUAGCCGAUCUUCUUUCGGAAAUAUCAGUGUGCAAGCAACUUGGAAAUAAACAUAAUCUCUGAACCAGGAUCGAUAAUAUAUAAAU